CAGCGGGCGCCAUCCAUAUGUGGACAUACAACGGCUUCAUCCUCCUCCCCUCGCCUGUCACCCUUGGUCCAAUCAGAAGAGCAGGAACUGCAUGCUGGAGUCCGUAUAAAGUCCCCAGGCGGGGCGUAGGUUGGACGCCUCACACUCUCCCUCCUCCACACCUCGGUACGGUUCAAAAGCGAGCAACAUGUCGGCCGCGACCCUCUACUCCCAGAUGUUUCCCCCAAAGCCGCAAUGGUCGUUCGACGAGAUACCGGACUUGUCGGGCAAGGUCGUCAUCGUCACGGGAGGCAACACGGGCAUAGGAAAGGAGACCUGCCGGCAGCUCUUGAAGAAGAACGCGAAGGUCUACCUCGCCGCUCGCUCCAAGUCAAAGGCCGAGGAUGCCAUCACCGACCUGUUCAACGACACAGGAAAGCGGGCCAUCUUCCUCGAGCUCGACCUUUCCAAUCUGCCAUCCGUGAAAGCGGCGGUAGAGACCUACACGAAGAUGGAAUCACAACUCCACGUCCUCUUCAACAACGCCGGCGUCAUGGCCCCUCCGAUCGAGCAAGUCACUGCUCAGAACUACGACAUGCAGUUUGGCACGAACACGCUCGCGCCGUACCUCCUCAUCCGCCUCUUCUGGCCCUUGCUCGUCGCCACCGCCUCAGCCGCCGGCCAACCAACCCGCGUCGUCUGGACCUCGUCCUCCGUCCAAUACUACUUCAAAGCGCCCAUGAAGUACAACACGCUCAAGGACUCGAAGGAGCGCAAGAAGCUCGGCCCGUUCCAGCUCUACUGCCAGUCCAAGUUCGGCGCCGUCAUGCUCGCCUACGUGUUCGCGCGCCGGAGCGAGCAGGAGGACGAGGGCAAGGUCGUCGUCACGACCUGCGACCCGGGCAACAUCCAGAGCGACCUCCAGAGGCACGCGACCGGGUUCGCGACGCGGAUGCUGAACAAGGCGGUGCUGCACCCGCUGCCUUUCGGUGCGAUCACGCAGCUGUUCGCGGGCACUUCGCCCGAGGCCGCCUCGUUUAACGGACGCUACCUUCGUCCUUGGGCCCGGGUUGGCGAGCCGCAUAAGCAGUCGAAGAACGUUGAGGAGCAGGAGAAGCUCUGGCAAUGGUGUGAGGACGAAGUCAAGGAAUACCUCUAAAUGUCAUUCGCAGUGCUCUCGUCUCGCAACCACCGAUCGCUACGCGGUGGCUUCUGUUGCGCGUCGUGUUCGUGUUACUGUAUAUAUACCGGAUUUUGUCAUAUACCCCACCUCUCACAAUCAUUC